AUGACGUUCGGCAUAUCCAAGAGAUUAAAGAGGUCAAAGAGCGCAGACGACGCAAAGAACGAGUCUGCCAACGAUCUCGUCCCUAUACGCCGUCUGACAUCUUCGAGCUUCGCCAUGGCCCCACGCCUGGCGCCGGCGUAUAUCGAUAUGGCCACGACAUGGACGUCCGUCGAGGCCCCGCGAGGAACAUUCACAGUAGACAAGUCCAAAUUCUACCAGCCAUCGGGCCCCCUGGCCGACGACGUCUUUUGGAUGCCGCUGUCCUCUGGCGACGUCGGUCACUUUUCCCGGGACGGAUUCCUGGUCGACAACGAUUCUUGCUCUUCCCGGGUGCUAUACCGCGUCAAGGAGAAGAAGCACCUGUCCAAGGGCCUGCUGAUGCACUACGGCACCCUCACCAUCGAUUACCACCCGUCCGAGUCUGUCAGUCGAUGCUUUGUAGGCUUCGGGCCAAACGCCGAGCACCGUCUCAUCAUGAUGCUGAGGGCGGAUUGCCAGCGGGCUGCGGUCAAGGUCACCGCUUGCAUGGCCAGCUUGUUGCAUAGCAAGCUGCAGCGGGAGGGUAGCUUGUUGUGGCUGAAGCCGAGCGCGGUCGCCGAUACGUUGGAGAAAGCCGCGGAGUCGUUGAUUGAUAUUGCUGCGUUGGUCGAUCGCUUCAUCCAGACGAUGAGGAAGCUCUACCAAGGCAAUGAUCGGGAGGCCGAUAUGCCUGUAACGUUCAAGAAGGCUCUGUUCCUACUCGGCCUGACCAAAUGGCAUCGCAUCCACCGCGCCAUCAACGCUAUCCAGUGCCUCAAGGAGGCUUUUCGAAUUGUGGCGGAUACGGACGGACAUGAGAAUAGGAGCAGCUUCGGCAGCAAGGCUCGUUGGUGUAUUGCGGCCAACGUGUAUGGCAUGUUGGGUUGGAGGCGAGCACCAGCCAGCCUCGCUCACCAACGAAAUGUGCUACCCAAUGUAUUGACGUCGCUGUUGAUUCUAAGCGAGGUGGACUGGACCGACUUUCAGACCAGGGAUGCGGAGGAGAGAAUGGAACAAGCUGGCGUGACGGUCAGCAUCACCAAAGAAGCCAACUUUACUCCUGCAACGUUCCGAACUCUGAUGCGGUUUCUGCAACACCGGUCACUACAGUCAUUGGAAUACGAUGACGAGUUUGGUGACGCGGAUGUCAGAGGGCCAAAGCAGGAGGAGCCACAGAGCUGGACGGGAGAAAUCCUGCCCGCUCACUUCCAGAUGUUGAAGGCCAUGCCUUGGGUGAGGCAUUGCUGGGCCGCAGACAGCACUUUCUUGACGGUGCUGGCACUACCAACGUUGGAGGUGUAG